AUGGAUUCCUCCCCUCACAUUCGUCCAGGUCACGAUGUCUUUAUCGACAACGGCUUUCUCCCCCCUGACCUACCGCUCGAAGCUCUACCAAACCCAUAUUUCGAACCUUGGGAGACCAUCGCUACUAACAUAGUAUCUCUCGUUUCUACGCGGAAAUUAAGGGGCGCUAUACAAAGUAUGCCCGUCUUGUCUACUGAGGAACUGACUUCUGAGGCUGAGUGGCGAAGAGCGUACGUCUUGUUGGUAUUCAUUAUACAGGCAUACGUAUGGAGCGAAUCAACACCAGAAGAGAUCAUUCCCCCCUCGAUUUCUAUCCCGUUGCUAGAAAUCGUCGCACACUUUGACCUGCCUCCAGCAGCGACAUAUACCGGGUUUUGUCUAUGGAACUAUAAGGUCCUUGACCCUGCGAGGUCAAGCGAAGAUCCUGCAAACCUAGCCACGCUCUUGACCUUUACUGGAACAGAAGAUGAGGAGUGGUUCUUCCUGACCUCUGUGGCUAUCGAGGCACGCGGCGCAAGAAUGAUUUCACAGUUGUUACGGAUACUCUGGGCAGCUGAUCAGAACGAUACAAAAGCGGCUACCAUCCAGCUGCAAGCCUUCAGAGAAGACCUACGCGGCGUCACCACAGUGCUGUCCCGCGUUCGUGAGCGCUGCCAACCUCACGUCUUCUAUCAUCAUCUUCGCCCAUUCCUCAACGGAACCAAGAACAUGAGUCAAGAGGGAUUGCCCCGGGGGGUAAUAUUCGACGAUGGAACAGGCUUUCAAGAAUACCGACAAUAUAGUGGUGGCAGCAACGCCCAGAGCUCGCUUAUCCAGCUGUUCGAUAUAGCUCUAGGGAUCGAGCACGAGCCUUCCGCUGGUAGUUUCAUGGAAGACAUGCGUCAAUACAUGCCCGGAGACCAUCGCCGCUUCCUUGAGGAUAUGACCACCGUUGGGAAUAUCCGGGACUAUGUCGCGCAGAACGGUCAAGACGAGGAACUCGAGCAGAUGUACGGUCUUGCUCUUGAUGCACUUCGUGAACUCCGCGAUGUCCAUUUGCAUAUCGUUACGCAGUAUAUCGUUGCUCAAUCUUCCACGCCACUCGGCGACAUGGAUACGUCGGCCGUUAACAGAAGGACUGAUGUGGCAUCUUCGACUAUGAAUCAGCCUGGUGGAAAGUCUCAAACAAAUUCAUCUGGCGUUUUGCGUGGAACUGGUGGAACUCCCCUGAUACAGUUUUUGAAAAAGGUGCGGGAUGGGGUUGUUGGUAUUGGGAGACGAUGA